UUGGUUCGGAGAAAUAUUAUAUCAAAGAAAGUGGACAUUUAAAAUCGUUGCUCAGUGAAAGGCUGCCCGAACACGAGUUUUAUCAUAUACCUUCGGAAACGUAUUUACAGAUGCGCUGGGUCGAUUUUUGUGGAGACGACAAACUAGUUCCGAAUAAGGGUUCCCGUAUCUGUGGAAUUACAAAUACAUCGUUACAUUUCAACCGCAAAAGAAGCCUGGUGAGAAACUGUAAUGCCUUCUCCACAAUUAAGCCGGUAGUUGACACAGAAGAUUACGUCCGUCAUCAACACGAAGCGCAGAUUGCUUCACCGUUAUAUUUAUCACCAGGACUAGCGGAUCGUAAUUAAACGGAUUUCAUUCGGGAAGCUUCACUAGCAAGGCUGUUUUCACCGACGUUAGAAAAAAACGUCUCCAGAACAUUUCAUAUUUGCUAUGUAUGUGAUGAUUGUUUUUGAAUACAGCUUUGUGUCACAUCCCUAUCGGUCGGCGCUCCUCAUCGAAGCAAUCUGGAUCGUGCAGCCAUUGGGAGAGAUUGAAACGUCAAGAAUGCAACGAUUAUAAGAAAUUAUGAAGAGGAGAAAAAUAGAGACAGAAGGAGAGAAUAAGGAAACUAAACGAAAUUUUUAAUUUUGUGAAUACAAUAUUAAUUAUACGGAACCCGCCUUAUUCUUUCGUCUAACGAGUAACAUUAAAAAUUUCGUUUAAAUCUGACGGAAGAUGCUUGGUAGAACACCAAUCAAGACUAGAAGCAACCUUCUUCACAACUACCUACGUGCUGAUCCCAGAACGUCCGAAAAAGAUGCAGAUUCCGUCGUAACGAACUCACUUGAGCGUGAAUGCAACAUACAUCAAAAUAUCACCAACAAAGGGAUGUUUCGAGUCGUGCCAGUUAUCGUCUACGGUUCGGAAAAACAUUUUAAAACCUUCGCCUUUCUCGACGUUGGCUCUUCGCUCACAUUGAUUGAUGCUGCUCUAGCGACAGAGUUGAACCUUAAUGGGAAACGGGAACCGUUAUGCCUAAAAUGGACAGGAAAUAAAUGUCGCGUGGAGAAUGAAUCGAUGAUGUUAGACAUCCAGAUAUCCGGAACAGGAACAAACCAUAAGCAAUAUCGCCUUCAAGGAGUGCAUACAGUGUCAAGCUUAGAUUUAUUUCAUCAAACUGUUGACGCGGAAAAGCUCGCAGCUCAAUACAAACAUUUGCGUGGAAUACCAAUGGAGUCCUACGAGAAUGUGCAACCCCGUCUCUUAAUAGGAAUAGAUAACGCUAUUCUCAGCUAUGCUCUAAAGGGGCGAGAGGGAGAAAUGUAUGAACCAGUGGCCACGAAAACCCGACUUGGAUGGGUCGUUCACGGAGGUUCAGAAAAACACGACACGUUUGUCGGGCACCAUACCGUUCACACAUGUCCGUGCCUUCUAGGAAACGUUGACACGUUAGAACAUUCAGUGCAGGAAUAUUUAUCGUUAGAAGGGAUUGGUAUCACAAAACCUGCGGUAGCUCUAACAUCGAAAGAAGAUCAGAGAGCGCUUCAAAUCUUGAAAAGAAUUGUCCAGACGGACAAUGGACAUUAUGAAACACAUCUACUGUGGAAAUACGACAAAUUCCGUCUGCCAAACAGCAAACCAGUUGCUUUACGACGAUUCUACUGUUUAGAAGCUAGGAUGAAAAGAGAACCAGCGUUAGCCGCAGUUCUAAGAGCUCAAAUUGACGAUUAUCGAAGAAAAGGCUACAUACGAAAGCUUACGAAAGAUGAAGAAUUGAAGAUAGAAACGCAACCAGUGUGGUACAUCCCAAUAUUUCCCGUAUUCAACCCCAAUAAACCGAAUAAGGUGAGAAUCGUGUGGGAUUGCGCUGCCGAAACCAGAGGCAUAUCAUUGAACUCAAUGCUUUUAAAGGGCCCUGACCAGGUGAUUCCUCUCGAUGUCGUUUUGUACAAAUUCCGAGAAAAUAAAGUGGGACUCAGCGGCGACAUAAGAGAAAUGUUUUUACAAGUAUUAAUUGCAAAAGCAGAUCAGAGUUUCCAACUAUUCCUGUGGAAGGAUCCGGAAGACGAGCAACCGAGCACGAAUGUGGCACAAGUGAUGACAUUUGGAGCUAGCUGUUCGCCAAGCUGUGCCCAAUAUGUCAAAAACCUUAAUGCGGAUAAAUACGCUGUACUUUUUCCCAGGGCUGUUGAGGCAAUUACCAAGCGGCACUACGUGGACGACAUGUUGGUGAGUGUUGAAACCGAGGAAGAAGCCAUUCAACUAGCGUGUGAGGUUCGCCAUAUUCAUGCACAGGGAGGUUUCGAUAUAAGAAACUGGAUUUCUAAUUCUUCUACAGUUCUCCAUGCACUUGAGGAAAAGAAAACCGACGAGAAAAGUCUUCAUAUCGGAGCAGAGAUGGCCACUGAAAAAGUGCUCGGAAUGUGGUGGUGCACUGCCACAGAUAACUUCACAUAUAAAUUGUCGAGGAAACACGAUGCUGAUCUACUAGCAGGAGAACGUAAACCAACAAAACGGGAAGUCCUACGUAUGUUAAUGUCCAUAUUUGACCCGUUGGGCUUAAUAUCGAAUGUCCUUAUCAUCCUCAAAAUAUUGUUUCAAGAAGUGUGGAGAUCUGCAAUAGGCUGGGAUGACGAAAUCCCAAAUAGCAUACACGACAAGUGGGACCAAUGGCUGCAGGUCCUUGCUAAAGUAAAAGAAGUUAGUAUACCUCGAUGUUACCGUUACAUGACGACGAUAAGUUCACCAAUCAUAGUCCAGCUUCACACGUUUGUUGACGCAAGUGAAUUAGGCUACGCAGCGGUUGUGUAUUUGCGUUUUGAGCAGGGUAACACUGUGGAGUGUAUGAUAGUUGGAGCGAAGUCAAGAGUAGCGCCAUUAAAAUUCGUUUCCAUCCCACGUCUUGAGCUGCAAAGCGCUAUGAUAGGUGCGAGACUGGCGAAUACCAUCUCUAAGGCUUUAACAUUUAAUAUCACGGAGAAGUUUUAUUGGACCGAUGCCCGCGAUGUCCUAUGUUGGAUACGUUCAGAUCAUCGUCAGUACUCUGUAUAUGUAGGCUGGCGAGUAAGCGAAAUAUUGGAAACAACAGAUGCCAGUUGCUGGAAAUGGGUUUGCUCCAAAGACAAUGUAGCGGAUGAAGCCACCAAGUGGAAGCGACAGCUGAAUAUCAGAAGCGACAGUAGAUGGAUAAGGGGUCCUAAUUUCUUAUGGCAAGCAAAGCACGCUUGGCCUACGGAACCAUUCAACACUAUCUCUACCACGGAAAAACUGCGGGCACACCUACUUUACCACAAUGUGGUGCAGGAGCCAUUGAUACAAGUGGAUAAAUUCUCCAGUUGGCAUCGGUUGAUGCGUAUAGUAGCUACGGUUCUGCGAUUUGUAGAAAACUUGCGCUAUAAAGCCAGAGGCAAAGACAGAAAGAUAGGUCCAUUAACCAACGAUGAACUACGAGGCGCUUCCAAUCUUCUAUAUCGACAAACACAAAGCGAAUCUUUUCCUGACGAAACAGCUAUUCUGUUCAACACUGACACAACUGAAAAAAGAAUACCCAAAUCAAGUUCUAUCUUCAAUUUGAAUCCAUUCCUCGACAACCAAAACGUUAUGCGAAUGCACGGAAGGAUCCAUGCUUGUGAAUAUGCUAGCACCGAUGCCCGAAAUCCAGUUAUUCUACCAAAGGAUCAUCACAUCACUAAAUUAAUAGUUAAUGACUACCACUGCCGUUACCAUCAUCGUAAUCAUGAAACCGUGCUGAACGAGCUGAGACAGGUUUUUCGAAUUCAGAAGCUACGGGUGCUGUAUCGGAAAGUCAGAGCAAAUUGCCAAUUGUGCAAAAACCAGCGUGCAUCACCACAACCACCUCCUAUGGGCGACCUCCCGAGAGGUAGGUUGGCGGCAUUCACAAGACCUUUCUCCUUCAUCGGGAUAGAUUAUUUCGGUCCACUUUCUGUAGCGGUUGGACGCAGAAUUGAGAAGCGUUGGGGUGUACUUAUAACCUGCCUGACCAUUAGAGCAGUGCAUUUAAAAAUUGCACAUUCGAUGGACGCGGACUCUUGUAUUAAAGCGUUGAGAAAUUUCAUGGCGAGGCGAGGAGUUCCGAUUAAAAUAUACAGUGAUCAGGGCACCAAUUUUAUAGCGGCCAACAAGGAGCUCAAAGCGGCACUUAAGGAAAUAGAACAUAAUAAAAUAAUCCAGGAGAUAGUAAGUCCACAAACCGAAUGGGAAUUUCUUCCACCAGCAUCCCCACACAUGGGGAGUUCCUGGGAACGAUUGGUGCAGACUGUGAAAAUUAACUUACAACAGAUGAAACCUGGGCGCAAUCCUAGCGAUGAAACUCUUCGGAAUUUAUUAGCGGAGAUAGAGAAUCUGAUCAAUUCCCGUCCAUUGACCCACGUACCGGUAGAUGAUCCUGACGCACCAGUCUUAACGCCGAAUCAUUUCAUCUUAGGCUCAUCAAGUGGAUUAAAACCUGGGACAUGUCUAGACGAUAGCGCUGUUGUUUUGCGGCGGUCCUGGCGGGCGUCACAGGUGGAAGCAAAUAUUUUUUGGCGAAGAUGGGUUAGGGAUUACCUCCCGGAACUCACGAGAAGAACUAAGUGGUUCAACACAGUAAAAUCAAUAGAAAUUAAUGAUGUUGUUAUUGUGAUCGACCCGGAAUUGCCUCGCAACUGUUGGCCUAAAGGAAGGAUAAUCAGUGUAAACCAAGGGAAAGACGGACAGGUGAGGUCAGCAACGGUUCAGACAAAAAGUGGAAUUUAUGAGCGUCCUGCUACGAAGAUCGCUGUUUUGGAUGUUCGUCGCGAAGAACCAGUAAGCCAGGAGCCUGGCGUACGUGGGGGGAGUGUCACAUCCCUAUCGGUCGGCGCUCCUCAUCGAAGCAAUCUGGAUCGUGCAGCCAUUGGGAGAGAUUGAAACGUCAAGGUGAAAAAAUAUCAUUGUCACGAUUUUGCCAUUACUAUCCAUUACCUGAAGAAAAUUAUAUUAUUAUUGAAUUAGAAUGCAACGAUUAUAAGAAAUUAUGAAGAGGAGAAAAAUAGAGACAGAAGGAGAGAAUAAGGAAACUAAACGUAAGUGAAUUAGAAAUGAAGUUGUUUCAGGGAAUAAUAUGAAUUGUUGUCUGCAGGAAAUUUUUAAUUUUGUGAAUACAAUAUUAAUUAUACGAAACCCGCCUUAUUCUUUCGUCUAACGAGUAACAGCUUUGUAUAAUAAUGAAAAAGAAAAAACAGUAACAAUGUUG